GGGCGUCCGGGGGGCGGGGCGGAAGCCGCAUCUUAAGCUCUGUGACGCGGCGCGGUCUCGGUUCCAGCUCAGCCGACGCCGCGGGUCCCAGGCCAACCUUUGACGCGUAGACAGGUCGGUGGUAUUCCUACUUGAAGGACACGAUGUUUUCCAAACUAGCACGUUUCCAGACUGUUGCUGUGCUUCGUCGAGGAGUUCACUCUUCAGUGGCUUCUGCUACAUCUGUUGCAACUAAAAAGACAGUCCAAGGCCCUCCAUCCUCUGAUUACAUCUUUGAACGGGAAUCUAAGUAUGGGGCACACAACUACCAUCCUUUACCUGUAGCCCUGGAGAGAGGAAAAGGUAUUUACGUAUGGGAUGUAGAAGGCAGGAAAUAUUUUGACUUCCUGAGUGCUUACAGUGCUGUCAACCAGGGACAUUGUCAUCCAAAGAUUGUGAAUGCUCUGAAAAGUCAAGCAGACAAACUGACCUUAACAUCUAGGGCUUUCUAUAAUAACGUCCUUGGUGAAUACGAAGAGUAUAUUACUAAACUUUUCAACUACCACAAAGUUCUUCCUAUGAAUACAGGAGUGGAGGCUGGAGAAACAGCUUGCAAACUUGCUCGUAAAUGGGGAUAUACUGUUAAGGGUAUUCCGAAGUACAAAGCAAAGAUUGUUUUUGCAGCUGGAAACUUUUGGGGGAGAACAAUGUCUGCUAUCUCCAGUUCUACAGACCCGAGCAGUUAUGAUGGUUUUGGACCAUUUAUGCCCGGUUUUGAAAUCAUUCCAUAUAAUGAUCUGCCUGCUCUGGAGCGUGCUCUACAGGAUCCAAAUGUUGCCGCAUUCAUGGUAGAACCAAUUCAGGGUGAAGCGGGCGUUAUCGUUCCGGAUCCAGGCUACAUGAUGGGCGUGCGAGAACUGUGCACCCAGCACCAGGUUCUGUUGAUAGCUGAUGAAAUACAGACAGGAUUGGCGAGAACUGGUAGAUGGCUGGCUAUUGACCACGAAAAUAUCAGACCCGACUUAGUCCUUCUUGGAAAGGCACUUUCUGGUGGCUUAUACCCCGUAUCUGCGGUGUUGUGUGAUGAUGACAUAAUGCUGACCAUUAAACCAGGGGAGCACGGGUCAACCUACGGAGGCAAUCCGCUGGGCUGCCGAGUGGCCAUUGCAGCCCUUGAGGUUUUGGAAGAAGAAAACCUUGUUGAAAAUGCAGAUAAAAUGGGUACCAUCUUGAGAAAUGAACUCAUGAAGCUACCUUCGGAUAUUGUAACUGCUGUAAGAGGAAAAGGAUUAUUAAAUGCUGUUGUUAUUAGAGAAACCAAAGAUUAUGAUGCUUGGAAGGUGUGUCUGCGACUUCGAGAUAAUGGACUUCUGGCCAAGCCAACCCACGGCGACAUCAUCCGAUUUGCACCUCCACUUGUGAUCAAGGAGGACGAGGUUCGCGAGGCCAUGGAAAUCAUUAACAAGAGCAUCUUGUCUUUCUGAGGGUGGUGACGGGUCGCAGCGCUGCCUGGGAGCCAGCUGGAGGCAGGCAGUUCCUUGAUGUCCUGUAAAAAGCCUCUGCGUUGCUGCACUUAACGCAGGCACAUUCCACCCCCUUGUGUCUUCAAGGACUUUUUUUUUUAAUAUAUGUAUUUUUCAGUUCAUACAUAAUAGAAUGACAUUUAUAAUCGUGCAUGCAGUUCACUAUGGAACAUAACUGUAAGAAUAUAACGGCAUCUGUAUGCGAUUAAGUGUUUUUUGUGUGUGUAUGUGUGUGUGUGCGCGCCUUCUAAGGUGAAGUGCAUCUAUCAGCAGCCUUUGGAUCAAGCCCCGUAUAAUUUGUAUAUGUUUUAUAAUUUCCUUGCUUGUGUAAAUGUUUCAUAUGUGAAAAAGUUAUAUGGGGUUUACAUAGAAGACUUGUUUAACUUUAUGAAGUUGAAUCAUAAUCAUUGAAUGUUAGGAAGGAUUAAUAGUUAAGCUUAUAUAAAAUACCAGAUUUAAACAAACUUCAUAUUGGCCAACACCAGGAUGUAUUCCAUGAGUGUCAUUAUUUUGAAUUAAGAAUUAAUGUUGAACAUUCCCAAAUUAUGUUUUAAGUGUUGAUAUAAUCUGUAAAAAAUAUUUAUUUUCAGUUUUUCUUUAAAUUUACAAUAAAGCUUAUAUUUAAAAUUU